GCGCAUGCUCGGGAGAACGGGCAGGGUUCCCACUCGGGGCGGGAAGACGGAGAACAGGUUAUGCGGGAGCCGGCGGGGGCAUUUGCCGGCGACACCCGAGCGGGGGCCGGAAGUGGGGCCGCUGAGCGACGCGCCGCAGGAGCUCCGGGCUAGACCGUGGCGACGGCCGCGGCCUCUGGGCCGGAGGAGGACGAUGAGGAGCGACGGAAGCGACGCGGGAGCAGGCUGCUGCUGCGCGGCGCCCGGUUUCGUGCCCGCGGCCGGCUGCGCAGUCUGUCCGCGAGUCUGAGAUACAUACAGAAAACUACAAUGGAAAAGUCCUGGAUGCUGUGGAACUUUAUUGAAAGAUGGCUAAUAGCCUUGGCUUCAUGGUCUUGGGCUCUUUGCCGUAUUUCUCUUUUACCUUUAAUAGUGACUUUUCAUCUGCAUGGAGGCAUUAUCUUACUUUUGUUAAUACUCAUAUCAAUCGCAGGUAUUCUGUAUAAAUUCCAGGAUGUGUUGCUGUAUUUUCCGGAACAGCCAUCGUCUUCACGUCUUUAUGUCCCCAUGCCCACUGGCAUCCCACAUGAAAACAUCUUCAUCAGAACCAAAGAUGGAAUACGUCUAAACCUUAUUUUGAUACGAUACACGGGAGACAAUUCACCCUAUUCCCCAACUAUAAUUUAUUUUCACGGGAAUGCAGGCAACAUAGGUCACAGGUUGCCAAAUGCACUACUUAUGUUGGUUAACCUCAAAGUUAACCUUUUGCUGGUUGAUUAUCGAGGAUACGGAAAAAGUGAAGGAGAAGCAAGUGAAGAAGGACUCUACUUAGAUUCUGAAGCUGUGUUAGACUAUGUGAUGACUAGACCUGACCUUGAUAAAACAAAAAUUUUUCUUUUUGGCCGUUCCUUGGGUGGAGCAGUAGCUAUUCAUUUGGCUUCUGAAAAUUCACAUAGGAUUUCAGCCAUUAUGGUGGAGAACACAUUUUUAAGCAUACCACAUAUGGCCAGCACUUUAUUUUCAUUCUUUCCAAUGCGUUACCUUCCUUUAUGGUGCUACAAAAAUAAAUUUUUGUCCUACAGAAAAAUCUCUCAGUGCAGAAUGCCUUCUCUUUUCAUCUCUGGACUCUCAGAUCAAUUAAUUCCACCAGUCAUGAUGAAACAACUUUAUGAACUCUCCCCAUCUCGGACUAAGAGAUUAGCCAUUUUUCCAGAUGGGACUCACAAUGAUACAUGGCAGUGCCAAGGCUAUUUCACUGCACUUGAACAAUUCAUCAAAGAAGUCGUAAAGAGCCAUUCUCCUGAAGAAAUGGCAAAAACUUCAUCUAAUGUAACAAUUAUAUGAUGUUUCCCUUUUUGAUUAUUGCAUUGUAUUUUAAUUUGUGCAGAAUGGUUAAGAAUGUUCCUUUUAGAAGUGUUAUGUCUGUACCUGUCUGAAGAGUGACAUUAAACUUUGAAAGGACUUCAGUGCUCCUUUAUGAUGAUCCAAAUAGUUUUUUACAUUUGAAAAAUAUAAUUCUUGGGAUUAUUUCAUACAUUUUCAUCAAAACUUUCAAUGUGGUUAUGUAUUCAUAUCUUUAGUUUAAUAUGUCGAUAUAAGAUAUUGUUCAAAAGUUUCUUGUUGCUGAAGUGGCGUAAUCUUACACAGAUUAAUAGCUAGAUGUGGAAGGAGAUAUGUAAACAAGAAACCUUUGGGUAUUAUUUCUUAAGUAAAUAUUGGGACAAUCAUGAUAAGCAAACUUAGUUCUGUAACUGCAUUUUUCACUUUAAAAGUUAAAUGAAAUGCAUGAUGGUAUUUUAUUCCUUGAAUUAUGCAAUGCAACAUUUUAAAUGUAAAUAGCACUGGUCAUAUACUGAUGUAUAUGGUUAUCUGGGUUAUAUCUAUUUUUAUGUAAAUUCUAUUUUGUUUUUGGCAAGAAGUGAAAUUGAGACCUAUGUGCAGGUUGCCAUUGAAUUUUGCUCUGGUGAAUGCUGAGAUCCAGCUUUUUCUUACAAAUAAAUGGGACCCUGUUUUCCUAUAUAAAUGUACCGUGUUUUUGUUAGGUACAGUCUGGAUCAUGGCAUGUAGAAAUAGAAAUUUAGAAUUUUACUGCAGCUUUGAUGUGCAUAUUUGAACUUUUUAACAUUUGUAACUUUGGUGGCAAAGAGAAUUUUAGCUUCUGUUUAUUUUGUAAGUCUACAGCUGAACCACUAAUAGCAGUCAUAGUGAAGAUCAGCACUGCUUACGAAUUAAAUUAGGAAGUCUUUUAUCAUUACAGAAUUGUACAUACUACUUUACAAAAAUCCACACAUUUGAUUUUAAGUCCCAGUACCUAGCUAAAUCUAACCCACCAAAGGCAAGAUAUCAUUUAUUGGACUUCUUGAAAAUAAAAGUUACAAAAUCCAACAAUGUUCCAGUUCCUGUGAAACAGAACUCCUACAUCAAAAGACAGUUUUAGGAAGUCUUAUUUAUUUGUUUUAAAAGUUUUUACAUGUAGGAAUGUGAGAAUGAAGGAAUUCUGGAGCUUUUUGACAUAGAACUUGUUACCACAUUUAGCAAUUAAAUGACUAUAGGUGGGAAGUAGGAUUUAGAUUUUAGAAAAGUAACAAAACCUUACUUAGAAAAAAAAAGCCCCUUGAAACUUGCAGGAUUUACCUUAGUAAAAAUACGUGCUAUGAGUCAUAAUUGUGCCAAGUUGUUUAAAGCAGUCCUCAAAAAAUAGAUGCAAUUGAGUUCUGUGUAAUAUGUCAGCUUUAACAUAUAAUAUUUUGAAUAUUUUAGCUAUAUUUAAUGGCUUUCUGCAAGCAACUAGAACAGAUAAAUAAUAGGUCAAUACUCUUGACCUCAAUUUAAAAUUCUUUCCAUGGAGAUAGGGCUAGAAAUACUUUUGCCAAAUAGCAUUCUUAUUCACUUUAUGCCAGUAUUUAGAAAAAAUAAAUUAUAGCAAGUAUUAUUUCUAAGAAUAAUUUUUUUCUAUAAAUUAAUUGUAAAAAGUCUUGCUUUUUAAAACAAGUUGGUAAUGCAUAUCAUGGAAGGCAUAUUUUGUAUGUAUAAAUUCACAAUUAAAGCCUACUUUUCUUGUCAGU